CAAUGGGAUUCAGGAAGCACUCAGAGUCGACCCGCUUACAAUGAAAAUGCGGUGAAGAGCUGCAGAAGAAGACCAAUAGCUACUGCAGAGGCGGUGUUCUGACUCUCCCUCUCCCUCUUUCUCUCUCUAGUCCCCAUCUCGCAAGCGGUAGUGGAGGAAAAGGUCUAUCUGGGCAGGAGGGCGGGUGGGGGUAAGGAUGAAGGUUCAGCUUCCUCGCCUUACUACUUCACUCAGAGAUAACUACGACGUCGAUCGUGCCUACGUCGAAAGAAAAUGGACCCUUCGGGACCUCGAACGACUCCGGUUAAGGACAAAUGAUUCUCAAUAUCGACGUAAAAUCCUCUGCAAAUGGGAUGAAGAUCAUCCUGUUGAUGCAGCCUCUGAUGAUGUCAAACAAGCUUACAGACAAUUUCUUGGAGCAGUAAUUGAGUUGACCAAUGGUGAGACAGAUGCUGAGGAAUUAAAAGAGGUCAUGAGAGCAACUUAUGCGAUCUUCUCUGCAUCAGACACUGAUUAUGAUAGAAAUAAGUGGAUUUUGGAGAAAAAGGGGAUGUUGCAGACACUUUUGGGAUUUACACCUUCUAACGCGAGCAUUGAAAACAUAGCCUUGCUAGUGCAGAAGCUUUCUACGUUGCAGUCAACUAAUUUUGAGAAUACAUUUAGUCAGGAAGACCAGUCAGCUGGACUUUGUGACCUUACUGAUGAAUUUGGCAUUGGCUUGGAUUUUCAAGCACCCAAAAGGUUUCAAGUUGAGUCAGUCUUUUCAGAUGCUUUAUCGCCAAUCGAAGUGCAAUCAAGUCAUUCGCUUUUACUUCUUGAGGAAGAGAAUGACCAGUUCAAUUUUCCACAAAGAGAAGGAAAUGUGAGCUUAUAUUGGUUGAAAGAAGCAUGUGAUAACAUAGUCAAGAACGGCUGUUCUAAUCUUUCUGGGGAUGAAUUAGCAAUGGCCCUUUGUCGAGUACUUGAGUCUAAUAAAGCAGGCGAUGAGAUAGCUGGGGACCUGUUAGAUCUUGUUGGUGACAGCGCAUUUGAAACGGUUCAAGAACUAUUGUUGCAUCGAAAGGAGCUAGUUGAUUCCAUUCAUCAUGGCAUCCUUGUUUUAAAAGCCGAGAAAGCAAAUGCAGGUGCUCAACCAAAGAUGCCUAGCUAUGGCACACAAGUCACUAUUCAGACAGAGUAUGGAAAACAAAUAGACAAACUUCGCCGCAAAGAAGAGAAAAAGCAGAAACGAAAUUCAGAACGUGGUGCUGAGAAUGACCAAUUAUCUGCAGUUGGAAGCUUUUCAUCUUUACUACAAGCCAGUGAAAGGAAAAAGCCUUGUGAUGAUUUUAUUGGGAUGGGAGAAGAUAACAGCUUACCUAUUACUGCCCUUCCUCAAGGGACAACUAGAAAUUACUGUAAGGGUUACGAAGAAGUCAUAAUACCCCCAGCUCCAACAGCUCAGAUGAAGCCUGGGGAGAGGCUGAUUGAAAUUUCAGAAUUAGAUGAUUUUGCUCAAGCUGCAUUUCAUGGUUAUAAAAGCCUCAACCGCAUUCAGAGCCACAUAUUUCAAGCAGCAUAUCGCACAAAUGAGAACAUACUUGUUUGUGCACCAACUGGAGCUGGGAAGACCAAUAUAGCAAUGAUUGCUAUUUUGCAUGAAAUCAGGCAACAUUUUAAGGAUGGGUUUUUGCAUAAGUCUGAAUUCAAAAUUGUUUAUGUUGCUCCAAUGAAGGCUUUAGCUGCUGAGGUGGCCUCAACCUUUAGUAAUCGCUUGCUUCCUUUGAAUAUGACUGUAAAAGAACUUACGGGUGACAUGCAGCUUUCCAAGAAUGAACUUGAAGAGACACAGAUGAUUGUUACAACACCUGAAAAAUGGGAUGUGAUUACUCGGAAAAGCAGUGAUAUGUCAAUGUCAAUGCUUGUCAAACUUUUAAUCAUUGAUGAAGUACAUUUGCUGAAUGAUGAGAGAGGUCCUGUAAUAGAGGCAUUAGUUGCUCGAACACUUCGUCAGGUUGAGUCAACGCAAAGUAUGAUCCGAAUUGUCGGUCUCUCAGCUACACUGCCAAAUUACCUACAGGUGGCACAAUUUUUAAGGGUCAAUUGUGAGACAGGGUUAUUCUUUUUCGACUCUAGCUACCGGCCGGUGCCUCUUGCGCAAUGCUAUAUUGGAAUAAGUGAACGUAAUUUUAUCACUCGAUAUCAAUUGCUGAAUGAGAUAUGUCAUAACAAGGUUGUGGAGUCAUUGAAGAAUGGGCAUCAGGUGAUGGUAUUUGUCCACUCGAGAAAAGACACUGGGAAGACAGCGAGGACUUUGGUUGAAUUUGCCCAGAGGAAUGAUGAACUGUCAUUAUUCCAGAGUAAUGAGCAUCCACAAUUUUCUUUAAUAAAGAAAGAAGUACAGAAGUCCAGAAAUAGAGAACUUGUUGAGCUGUUCGAUUCUGGUUUUGGCAUUCACCAUGCUGGAAUGUUGCGUGCUGAUAGAAGUCUGACUGAGCGACUAUUCUCUGAUGGCCUCUUGAAGGUUUUGGUUUGCACUGCAACAUUGGCCUGGGGAGUUAACCUACCUGCUCAUACAGUUGUGAUAAAGGGGACCCAGCUAUAUGAUCCAAAAGCUGGGGGAUGGCGAGAACUGGGGAUGCUUGAUGUUAUGCAGAUUUUUGGUCGUGCUGGCCGACCACAAUUUGACAAAAGUGGUGAAGGAAUUAUUAUCACAACACAUGAUAGGUUGGCCUACUAUUUGCGACUCUUGACCAACCAGCUUCCAAUAGAAAGUCAGUUUGUGAGUUCUUUGAAGGAUAACAUGAAUGCAGAGGUGGUCUUAGGCACUGUUACAAAUGUUAGGGAGGCUUGUGCUUGGCUUGGAUAUACAUAUCUUUUCAUCAGAAUGAGAACUAACCCUCUUGCAUAUGGUGUAGGGUGGGAAGAGGUCAUUGCUGAUCCUUUGUUGCUUUCCAAGCAAAGGUCUCUGAUAAUAGAUGCAGCACGUGCUCUUGAUAAGGCCAAAAUGAUGAGGUUUGAUGAGAAGAGUGGAAAUUUUUAUUGCACCGAGCUUGGUCGUAUAGCAAGCCAUUUUUAUAUUCGAUAUUCUAGUGUUGAGACAUACAAUGAAAUGUUGAGGCGCCAUAUGAAUGAUAGCGAGAUAAUUACAAUGGUGUCACAUUCUUCUGAGUUUGAGAACAUUGCUGUUAGAGAAGAAGAGCAACAAGAAUUGGAAACAUUAGUUAGAACAUCAUGUCCAUUAGAAGUUCGAGGUGGACCUGGUGAUAAAUAUGGGAAGAUCUCUAUCCUCAUCCAGGUUUUUAUAUCAAGGGGGUCGUUGGAUAGUUUUUCCUUGGUUGCAGAUGCUGCAUAUAUUAGUGCAAGCCUGGCCCGUAUUAUGCGUGGCCUUUUUGAAAUUUGUCUGCGGCGCGGCUGGAGUGAAAUGUCUUCUCUUUUGUUGGGAUAUUGCAAAGCUGUUGAUCGCCAGAUUUGGCCUCACCAACAUCCGCUUAGGCAGUUUGACAAAGACAUUUCACAAGAUAUAUUGAGGAGACUUGAAGAUAGAGAUGCAGACCUGGACCAUCUCCAUGAAUUGGAUGAAAAGGACAUUGGUGCUUUAAUCCAUUACUUUCCUGGGGGAAAGAUCAUCAAACAAUACCUUCCAUAUUUCCCAUGGGUGCAUUUGUCUGCUACCGUGAGUCCAAUUACCAGGACAGUUUUGAAGGUUGAUUUGCUUAUAACACCUGAUUUCCUAUGGAAGGAUCGUUUUCAUGGUGCUGCUGAAAGGUGGUGGAUUCUUGUCGAGGACUCUGAGAAUGACCACAUUUAUCAUUCUGAGCUCUUCACAUUGACCAAGAAGAUGGCAAGAGGAGGACCUCAGAAGAUCAAUUUUACAGUGCCACUUUUUGAACCACAUCCUGCCCAGUAUUACAUUCGUGCUGUUUCAGAUUCUUGGUUACAGUCUGAGGCCAUUCACGCUAUUUCUUUUCUGAAUCUUACUCUACCUGAGGCAGAUACGUUACACACAGAGUUGCUUGAUCUGAAACCUCUACCUGUAACUUCCCUUGGAAAUGAGAUUUACGAGCAACUAUUCAAAUUCUCACACUUUAACCCCAUCCAGACGCAGGUUUUUCAUGUACUUUACCACACAGACCAGAGUGUUUUGUUAGGUGCUCCUACUGGAAGUGGGAAAACUAUAUGUGCAGAACUUGCAAUCUUUCAUCUCUUUAACAUGCAACCUGAUAUGAAGGUGGUCUACAUUGCUCCCUUGAAAGCUAUUGUCCGUGAGAGAAUGAACGAGUGGCAAAAUAGGCUUGUUUCUGUCCUUGGGAAAAAGAUGGUUGAAAUGACAGGGGAUUUUACACCAGACCUGAUGGCUUUACUGUCGGCAGAUAUCAUUAUUUCUACACCAGAGAAAUGGGAUGGGAUUAGCCGUAAUUGGCAUAUAAGGACCUAUGUCAUGAAGGUAGGGCUGAUGAUAUUGGAUGAGAUCCACUUGCUUGGUGCUGAUCGUGGGCCUAUUCUUGAGGUAAUUGUCUCAAGAAUGAGAUACAUAUCCUCACAAACAGAGCGUGCUGUAAGAUUUGUAGGGCUUUCUACUGCAUUAGCCAAUGCACGUGAUCUGGCAGAUUGGCUUGGCGUUAGUGAUAUGGGGCUGUUUAAUUUCAAGCCUAGUGUCAGGCCUGUGCCUCUUGAAGUUCACAUUCAGGGGUACCCUGGGAAAUUUUAUUGUCCACGGAUGAAUGGCAUGAAUAAACCUUCUUAUGCAGCCAUUUGUACUCACUCACCUACCAAACCUGUUCUUAUAUUUGUGUCAUCCCGCCGUCAAACGAGGCUGACGGCACUAGAUCUCAUUCAGUUUGCUGCUUCUGAUGAGCGGCCGAGGCAGUUCUUGAAUAUGCCAGAGGAAGAGCUGCAGAUGGUCCUUGUUCAGGUUAAGGAUCUUAGUUUAAGGCAUACUUUGCAGUUUGGCAUUGGUUUGCACCAUGCUGGUUUAAAUGAUAAAGAUAGAGCUUUGGUUGAGGAGAUGUUCGGGAACAACAGGAUCCAGGUCUUGGUCAGUACAAGCACUCUAGCAUGGGGCGUGAAUCUGCCAGCACAUCUGGUGAUAAUAAAGGGAACUGAAUUCUAUGAUGGGAAGGCAAAGAGAUAUGUUGACUUCCCAAUUACAGAUAUCUUGCAAAUGAUGGGCCGUGCAGGUCGACCACAGUAUGAUCAGCAAGGAAAGGCUGUCAUUCUUGUUCAUGAGCCAAAAAAGAGUUUCUACAAAAAGUUCUUAUAUGAGCCAUUUCCAGUGGAGAGCAGUCUGAAGGACCAGUUGCACGAUAAUAUCAAUGCUGAGAUUGUUUCUGGUACCAUCUGUAAUAAAGAAGAUGCUGUGUAUUAUCUCACAUGGACUUAUUUGUUCCGGCGUUUGGUGGUGAAUCCUGCUUAUUAUGGAUUGGAGGACGCUGAUACCAGAACUGUGAAUUCUUAUUUAUCAAGGUUGGUGCAGAAUACAUUGGAGGAUUUGGAAGAUAGUGGAUGCAUAAAGAUUAAUGAGAACAAUGUUGAACCUUUAAUGUUGGGAACCGUAGCUUCUCAAUAUUAUCUUAGUUACAUGACAGUGUCGAUGUUUGGAUCAAACAUUGGACCAGAUACUUCUCUUGAAGUUUUCUUGCACAUUCUUUCUGGUGCAACAGAAUAUGAUGAGCUCCCAGUGAGGCACAAUGAGGAGAAUAUUAACAAAACAUUAACAGAAAAAGUUCGAUAUCUUGUGGAUGAGCAAUGCCUUGAUGAUCCACAUGUCAAAGCAAAUCUGCUUUUCCAGUCUCACUUUUCACAGUUAGAGUUGCCAAUCUCGGACUACGUUACAGACAUGAAAUCAGUUUUGGAUCAAAGCAUACGGAUUAUCCAAGCUAUGAUCGACAUUUGUGCAAACAGUGGCUGGCUUUCAAGUGCAAUCACAUGCAUGCAUCUUCUACAGAUGGUUAUGCAGGGACUGUGGUUUGAUCAAGAUUCGCCACUGCUAAUGCUUCCGUGCAUGAGUAGUGAUCUUCUAAGGUUCCUCAAUAAAGUAGGUAUUAACAGCAUCCAACAAUUAGUAGAGCUCGGGAAGAUGAAUUUGCAGAAAAUGGUUUCCAGUUUUCCAUCUGCUUCUCUCAUAGUUCAGGAAAUAGAGCUUUUCCCUUUUCUUCAAGUGAGAAUAAAGCUUGAGAGAAAUGUCAAGGAUGGUUCCAGACCAUCAAUUCUUAUUGUCAAAUUAGAAAGCCUGAAUUCUCGGCGGAAAACCACAAGAGCCUUUGCCCCACGUUUUCCAAAGAUAAAAGAAGAAGCAUGGUGGUUGAUACUAUGCAAUGAUGCGACCUCAGAACUAUACACUCUAAAGAGAGUGAGUUUGUCAAAGCAUGUGGUGACUCGCAUGAAUUUUCCGUCAGAACCAUCCAAUCUAAAGGGAAUGAAGCUCAUUCUAAUGUCAGAUUGUUACUUAGGUUAUGAACUGGAGUAUCCUAUUGAAGAACUCAUCUAAUUUGCAGCCUGUUCCAGCUACGAAUGUGGCCCGAGAGUUUUUCUCAUUGGCCAGUAUGAGAUCAUUGCUUCACUCAAAUGGGCUUAUGUUUUUGCCUAAAAGACUAGUGGAAAAUGGUAAACUCAAAAGCAAUUGUUCAUCCAACACUUUUAGGCAAUUUUGUAAAAGAUCUCAUAUGGCGUGAGAAUAGUUUUGUUUUGAAGAUGCUGGGAACGUUGGAGGCUUAUGUAGCCAUCAAGGGCUGAGCCACAUGUAACCAAGGGGAGGCACAGCCGCACAGGUCCCCUCGGCAUGCUCAAAAGUAAAUUAAAUACUUGUUAUCUCUCUUAUGUACCGUGCAAUUAAAAGGUACAAGUGCUUUAUUUUA